GUUUUCCAUAGGGUUUUGUCCUAUUCACUUUGCUCCAAUCGUUUUUCUCCUAUGUCUGUCUCCGUGGAUGCCCAUUGGCUCGGAGUCAAAGAAGCACUUAAGCCGCGCCCUCCACUAACGCUGCAACUUGGUUUGGGGACUGCUGACCAUCACAAGGAUUGCUGGUCCUCGUCCCUCCCUUCCCUCUUGCUGCACGACUACCCCAUCGGCCCCCUUGUCUCUUUCCCGACGCGACUACCUAAGGUUCCUGAAUCCCAGAGUCUCAAGUUCCCAAACACCACAACUGCAACAAUACUGAUCUUCUAUCAACCCUGCAGGGCCUGCAGAAGCGACCUCAGCCUGCCCUUUUUUGGCAGCUUUUCCGUUAAUCGCAGUGCUGGUGAUCAUCCACACAAUCACCGUUGUUGUCUCGGUUUAGCUUCCCUUACUCCCUUACCAUUCGGCCGCAUCAUUGCCUCGACCGCGAUUUCAAGACACCAGACCUACCCCUACAAUCCAGUCUUGCGAUCACGAGCCCAACCCCUUGCUAGGUUACUGUCUCUCAUUUUACGACGACGACAACGACGACAGCGACGACGACCGAGCCAUGGUUGAAGCAUUCAAUCCAUUCUCUAACCUUCAACGCAGCUUGAUUCUACCAUACUAGUACGGUUUCCGAUCUCUCAUCGGUUCGCUCUUUCCAUUUUACCUACACCCCGUCACCAUGACGGACUCGAGACGAGAUGAAUCCGUAUCGCCAAUGACAAGAAGCCCUCGUGCAACCUCACCUUCUAUUACGGGCCAGCCAGACUAUCUUGC